ACAGCUUUAUGGGUGGUGGGUUGUUCUGUGCAGGCGUGGAGAACAUCCUCCUCAUUGUUUCCACAGCAACCGAUUACUGGAUGCAAUAUCGGCAGUCCAGUAACUACAUGCACCAGAGCUUGUGGCGUUACUGUACACCGGGGAAUUGCUUCCCUCAUGGUGAGAGCCGUUGUUUGGAAUUUCCAUCUGUGGUGACUUGCACUGACCGUACAAGUGAUUCCUUUUGACCUCUGCCCUUGUCCACCGCCCAGUUAGACGGAUCAUCUCUCUUCUGAUCUGUGUCAUUGGCAUCAUCAGUGGCGUUACAGCUUUCAUCCAUUACUCCUCUUUUGACAGGUUUGACAAAAGGUUUGACAUGUGAUGAAAAACCUAUUGUUUUUCAUCACAUGUAAGUAUGUACUUCCUUCUGUCGUUUCAGUACAAGCAGUAAUUUGAAUUGGAUUUGACCUUAAAUGAGUCCAACUGUCAAUAACUGAGACUAGAAAAGGAUGCACUAGUCACAAACUUCUUAUUUUGUAAUUAUUCCAUUAUCAGGACAGUUUCACAACAAAGCACACACGCUUGUGUUCAUAAAAGACAGUAUUCAUGUCUAACAGGCGGCAUUAAGCUCCUGUUUUAACACUUUGCUCUUCAUAAUCCGAGUAGCCUUUAUUCAACUAUAUAAUUUGUUGUUGUUGUUGUUCUACUACUAAAGAUAAUUCAUGCUAACAUAUUGAAUACCAUUGAGUACACAGCAACAAUCUUUUGAAAAAAGGGGUGUUGUUUUUUUAUUUCUCAUUUUCCUUGACCUUUUUCGGCACAGGUUUUUUAGUAUUUCUACCUAUGUCUAUGUUCACUGGUGUAACUAUUAACUUACUAUGGGAAACAUCAUGGAAACUGGAGUUUCUCUUGGUUGUAUAUUCCAGGAUGGGCGUCGGUGGUGCUGACUUUAAUUUCAGGUAAACUUGCAAACCAGCGAAGCAGAUGCAUUAACAUUCAGCACUUUUCCUCAGUUUCACACAGCUACUAUCAUAUUCUUUGGUUUGUCUGGGUCAACUCAUCCAUGCAGUGGGCUAUGAAUGAAACCUCUGCGUCGAGGACAUAUUUAUAACUGGGAAUGAUAUGAUAGCUGUAACUAGCACACUGAAUUUGUACUACAUACAUGUAAAGAAAACAACAGAAUCAGUGCAACUACAUGUUGGUUAACUCACAGUGAAGCACUACCUAAAAACAUUAUCGGUAAAUAAUGUUUUUAGCAAAUGCUUUUCUCUGAUUCUUCUACUGUGCUGUGAGUACCUGCUGAUCAGGAGACUGUCCACAAUGCUGAAUGUGAAAAUGAAAAUAAGGGGGACACCAUUGAAAUUCUGAAAAUAUCACUACAUUAAACUGUUUAGCAAAUAUCAGGAAAAAAAUUGCAAGAAAAUGAACUUGGAUGAUUAAAAGUAAGUGACAGUUAAGUGACAAGAGCACAUUCAUUUCUAUGGCAUGAUUUGCAUGCAUUAACUAUAAUAUGAGAAAUAAACAACAAGUUUUGUAUGCAGUGUACAUUUUUCAGUAUUACUGUGAACCUCAAAUAUGUGUCUUAAUCAGUUAGGAUGGUGAAUUCUUUAACCAAGCUGCGUUAUAGAGUCACACACACACACAAAAACCAAAUAAUAGUUCAGUGGGUCAGGGUGACCUAAAAUGUCAGGUUACUAAAACUAUGUUCUUUAGUACGAAUGCAAAAACACUCAUUUACUUGUCAUAUCAGUCUCACUGAAUAUAGUCUAUCACCACCUUUGCAUACAGCUACACAGUUCUAUAAAAAUGUUACUUUGGGUAACUGAAAAUAUGACAAAGAAAAUAAUUAAGAUGCAUGUGGGAGCAAUUUCAUAAUGUAUAACCAAAACCUAACCCCUUUUCCUUUGCAGGUAUAAUUUAUAUAUACAUGCAUGAAUGCCCUAGAAGUGCCACCUCACAUUAGAAGACAAAUAAGCAGUGGUUCAUGAGAGCUGCAUGGUUUGGAUUCUCGCACACAGAUGACCUCUGGAGCUUAAAUAAUUUCAAUAAAGUACUAGAAAGAAUGUUUUUUCCUUUGUCAUACAUACACAGACUGCAUGUUGUACUCAGUUUCAUUAGGCUUGUGUAUAUUUAUUCCUCACUUGUUUUUAGCAAUGUUUUACGGUUUUGGGAAGGUGUUCAGCUGUUUCACAUAACUAUACCAUAGAUGGUGAUCAAUGUUGUUCCCGACACAUGUGCUUAUCACAGUCCUAUAUUAUAAUAAUAAAAACAGUGUUAAUUACUGCCAAAUCCGAAGCUUUGGGUAAAUUCAAGAUAUGUGCUUUUUUUUGUAAGAAAACUACAAGCCACUGACCUCAUUUCAAGCCUGGUAAUUUAAUCUAUGAUUUCAAAAUUAAAGAAAACUGUAGGAGAGCAAACUUUACAUUUAUAUUUAACCUUAUAUUUAUGUAAGGGCAAUUGAUGUAGACAGACUUUUUUUUUUCUCUGUAAAUGUUGCUACAUUAUCCUAAUCAGCACAUUUGAUGAGUUUAAGCAUACAAUUCCCACAAAACUCACUGAAUCACACACAAUACUGUAGCUCAGGAACAACACAAUACUGUAGCUCAGGAAUUACAACCAAGGUUAGUAAGUCUGCAUGCCAAAUAUCCUUGGACAGUGAUCUGAUUGUGAAUGUUAGAUAUAAAGCACUUAAGCACAGAAAGAAAAAAAAGUCCCUGUGUGGAUGGGGCAUGUUGUAUAAAAUGCUUUGAGAGCUCAGCUAGAGUAGAAAAGCGUAAAAAGAAAAAGAAAAAGAGAAAAAAGUCAAUUUACAACCGCGUUUUCCUUCCAUUCAUUGUUUACUAUCCUGCACGGCUAUACUGAUAGCUGAACUCAUCCGAACCUGCCACGUCAGAAAAACGCAAAAAUGUAAUGAAUAAAAGGGACACUAAAAAACAAGCAAACAAAAAACGCGUCCUUAACCCAAUUUCAUUACCUAAAACCAACGUCUUAUCCUGGUGCUUUUCACAAAGGGGAUGAAUCAGAUGCAGGUGCAGCAAGGAUACAUUGUCUUAUAAAGUUCCUGUCUUUUUCUUCCACUUAGCAUUAUUUACGUGCUUAAAAAUGAACGUCGGAGACGUGUUUUGAUUGUGGCGUACUCGUGUAAUCUCAUAGUUUUAUGAAGCAGGCAGAAAAUCUUAUUUAAUUUGCUUCUCACUGCCUUAUUUAACAUACUGAGGGAAAUAUUAGCCCCAUAUGAAGUGUAAGGAGGGUUUUUAGAAAGGUGUACACCUUUUAUCGGUUUCAGCGAUAUCAGAAAACACAAAUGUGUACGUUUGCAAUCGUACACAUUUGAUUUGCAUCCAACUAUAUUAAUUUAUGUAGCCUACUGAGCGUCCGUUCUGAGCAAACUUAUGCAAACUAAUGCAGCAGAACAGCGCUUUUCUAGCAUAACUGACUCCCAGUAAUGAAUUUGCUCUCCUUCCGUGUGAUCAAAUAGAAAUCCUGUCCUCCAGUCCAAGGAUUACAACUUCCGCUCUAACAUCUCUCUUAAUUGCCUAAUAGCAUUGCAGCGUGAAUUCCGCCUGCAUUAAGACACUUUCACAUUAAGCGCACUGAUUGGAAAUGUGAUGACAACACCAUAUCAACAAAUUACAGCGCAGCGCUUUCUAUCCAAAAUGGGCCCAGGAGCGGCACUUGUACUCUCCCAGAUUUCAAUACCGACAAUUACAGCCAAUUUGGGUGGAAUGACAAGACAGACCUGUAGCAGAUUAUCUCCCUGUGGCACAAGCUAAGUCACUUAAUUCAAAAAGUACUAAUAUGAAGGAAGAGAGCAGAAAAUGUUUCUGGAAAUCAAAAGGCCAAUUCAUGUGGACAGCAAAGAUACCAGACUGAUGACACAAGGAGCCUAAAAUGAGGUAGCCUAGGCUACAGAUGAAAUACGAUAUGUAUGGCACGUAAGCAACUCUCAUUUAAGUUUACCAACCGCUAUGCACACUUGUGCUGUUUCUUUCUUAUGGCUUGUAGUGAAAUGGCGAAACAGCACAAUUCUUAAACACCACGGGGAGACCGGUCUCCCCACAACAUCAUCUGCACUUUCACAUAAUUGUAUUUAUUUUUAUUUUAUUACAGUUGAACCAAUGUAUUUUGUGACCAUGAGCUAUUCGUCUAAUUAUUUCAUACAUAUUCAUCAAAAAGUCACUGAAGUAAUCAAAAACUCGGAUUUCCCUGAGGAGUUGAUUUCUUCUUUUUCAGAGGGUUGUUUCAGGUGGUCCGUUCGCGCUUAAAUAAAUGAGGGGAAAAAAGUCAUUCUUAAAAUUAAUUAAUUGAUAUUUUUUAUGACAGAAAGCAACAACCUUUGUUCGGUCAUGUUCCUAACAUUGCAAACGGUUAGUACCAUGUUGGAUGUCUUUUUUCUGUGGCCUUAUUAUCUUGUUUUCUUGAAAAUGAUUUUGCAAUGUGUACAAAGUCUGUUUGUGAAUUUAUGUCCUUUAGAGUUUGUGGGUGAAUAUUUAUGUAGCAGUACAGACUGUUUUUACCAGGCACAGUAAUAAAGUAAUAAAUGGCUUGUACCUGAACUACAAAGGGAAGUUUAAACAUCAUGUACAAUUUGUCUUGCCUUACGUCCGUAACUCCCGGCUACUUCAUAUUCAUAUUCUAUGACAGACCAAAAAAAAAAAAAAAAAAAAAAACUCUCCUUCAUUUUCACACAUGAUUAAAUGUAACGAUUGAAUUGUUUGGAGACUGUAAGAAAACUGUCGAAACAAAUAUGGCCUCGUCCGUAGGUUAUAUUUAUUUUUGUAUAGUAUUCUCUGUUCGGGUAAAUACAGAAUAACGCUUUCACUAGGACAGAAGUCAAAAACUGCGUAGUUGCUUGGCGACCACUUAAGCGCAGCUAUACGCGAUGAUUCCCGGUUGCUUUCCAAAUUAACCCUGUUCACACGUGCGCUCCUUAUCUUGAAACCCACCAAAAUAAAUAAACAAAUAAAUAAAUAAACAGACAGCUUGGAAUCCGUCUGAACCAAUCAGAGUGAAAAUCUCGUCCCCCGCGGCUCUCCUCCGUCCAUCAAAAGCCCUAAUUGGCUGAUGCGCAAACCAGUAUCCCCAAUCCGGCACCGUCUCUGAAUAAAUACUUAUUGCAAAAGUGCCCUCCCACCGGUGUCUGUGGAAUGCUCGGCAUAGUGUCAUUCACUGGUCACACAGAGGGUCCACAUUUAAAUUUGACAAAGGCUUGGAGGGAAGAGGCAGGUGUUGAUGCAGGUUUAAAGGCAAGAAAAUAAUCAUCCGAAGUAACACCAUGAGUAUGAACUACGCAUCUGCGGCACCCACACAGAGGUCCACGUCGUUUUUCAUUGAGGACAUCUUAUUGCACAAGCCCAAGCCCCUGCGAGAGGUCAUCCCGUCGCCGUUCUGUAGCUCCUUGGCUUCCCGGGUGCCUAUCCUGGAGUACGGAUACCCACUGAUGCCUACCCCAAUAUUAGCCCCACAUCCGCACCAUCCUCUCCACAAACCGGAGCACCACCAGUACUUCUUUACGUCAGGAAUGCAGAUGCCGGCCUUGUUCCAGCACCACGCAGAGUUACCGGGUAAGCACUGUAGACGCAGGAAGGCCCGGACUGUUUUCUCUGACUCGCAGCUGUCCGGGCUGGAAAAGCGGUUUGAGAUUCAGCGGUAUCUGUCCACACCUGAGAGAGUGGAGCUGGCCACUGCGCUGAGCCUGUCAGAGACACAGGUGAAAACAUGGUUUCAGAACAGGCGGAUGAAGCACAAGAAGCAGCUGAGGAAAGCGCAGGACGAGCGGAAGGCAACAGGAGAGAUGGAGCGAUGUGCGGAGAACUCCAGCGAGAGCGAACUAAACGACAAAAGCGUAGAGGAGCUGAAACACGGCCUCGAGUCGGAUUCGUAUAUGCUGGAAGAAAACGACGACGAUGUGGAUAUCGAGGAUGACAUUUGCUCCCCGGAUCAUCUACUAUAGUAGGCUGCACUGUUUUUUGGCUUUUUGUUUUGUUUUUGUUUGUUUAGUUUUAGUUUUUUUGUAAAUGCAGCCUAUAGACAGCUGUGGGAUCAUUUUAAGUUUUUUUCUUUAAAUAGCUAUUUAAAGAAAAAAACUUAAAAUGAUAAAUGGCAGUUUUACAGUGAGGGGGGAACAGGCUGUACAAUACACCGUUAAUUAAUUUUUUUAUAUGACUGCCAAUUUUCCUCUGCAUAAAGGCUAUGGAUUAUUCUGUUAUGUUUUGCAAACUCUAUAUUAUCUAUAUUAUUAUUAUUAUUAUUGUUAUUAUUAUUAGUAAGUCUCUAGACAUAUUAUUUUGAAACAUCACACUUGUGUCUUUUAUUUUCAGGAGAAAAUAAGUGUAAAAAUGAAUGUAAAUAAACCUGUGGAAAAGCGCUCUGCCCAUGUUUUACUAUACUUUUAUUCCAGACAACAUUCUCCAUGCUACUUUAAAAAACAUGUAUAUGUUAUUGGCAGUGUGUGGAUAUUGUUGAAGAUUUUGUAAAUCAGGUUUUGAAUGAAAACAUCAUUUAUAUAUUUUUGUCUGUAAAUAUAUCUAACAAUACAUAAUUGUUUUUGUUAUUAUUAUUAUUAUUAUUAUUAUUAUUAUUAUUACUAUUAUUUUGUGUGCGUGUGUUUUUUCUACCGGGGAGCAUUUGCUGUUUACAUUUCCAAUCGAGAAGGAGUGAUUUAAAAAAAAAAAAAAAAGUAACCACAUAAAUCCUGUGAAUGCAAUGUUACUGUUUAGACGCAACAUGUGGCUGUAAUCCUGUUAUCAUGGUGAGAUGCUUCUGGGAGUUCAAACGGCUGUCUUAACCACUUGCAUUAAGAACCGGUCUCCCCAGCAUGGAGCUCAGCUUUGAAUGCGAGGCUACAUCAUCUUCUCUACUGGGUUUCCGGCAUGAUGACGUGAAGCCCGCUGAGCUUUGAGCCAACCAACGCAAAAGAAUGACAGGAUAAAUUAGGAAAAGUCAAACGCUCCCCCAGACUACACAUGAAUACGAGUAAAUUCAAGUAAGCUUUUUUGUAAGGCUGGGAGAUAGCAGAGUUUUACAUUCCAAGUCUCGUCAUAGCAAGAUUUCUAGUUCGAUCAUUCAGAAUCAGGGUGGACAUCCGCUGCAACACUGCGGGCUGUUUUGUUAUAAUGUUGUGGACUCGGUUAAAUGUUCUCGGUGUUGUAUUAAACGGACACUACAGAUAAACAAUAAACAAUUAUUAUUUCUUUUUACACCUGCAAGUAAAGGUGUAAAAAGUAAGCGAUAAUAGCUUUUGUAAUUACGGUAAAGGCUUGGUAAGUAUUCUGAAAAUCCUUUUAAAAGACAGUGAACCGUUUUCAACAGUUAAAUCCAAAUUGAAAAUAGUGCAGUAAAUCCAUGAUGACACUCAUCUUAAGGCAGGUUUGUGUUUCUGCCAAUAAAUUUGAUCUUAAAAUUGAAUGUUAAUGUAAGCGAAAAUCCAGACGAUUUUAAUUAUCGUAAAUAAUCUUUUUUGUCAUUUAUUUUGAGUCAGUGCCCUAUCAUUUUUUCUUGUUUUUUGCAGUUAUAUACAUCUUUAAUAUGACCAUGGAAAUACAUAUUCUUUUACAUUAUUACACAUCCACAUUUCAAAUUUUGCAUUUUGCCUGUGAACAUUAAACAUGAAAGAAUCCAGCACAUUUUUGUCCUGGUGGGUUAUUUAUAAAUAUUUUAUGUUGCGCUGGACUUUGGAGCAGAUAGGCAGAUAAGUCCAUAUGGUGGCUGCCGAAAAAAAAACAUUAAAAAACAGGUGCUCAUUCAUUAAUUUACUGAUCAUGUAGUUUAGUUGUAGUUGAUGCUGUAGUGCAUCUCAUUCAAUCAUCUUUAAAUAGUCGUCCACUAUUGCACAUUUCAGUCCAC